AUGCGUCGACUUUGUGGAAACUUCCGAGUACGACAAGACAGCCCCGAGGCCAUCUUACUCCCGGUAUCGCUCGCCGACGGUGGUCUCGACACCAGACCUGACAUCACCGGCUUACCCGCCAGCAAGCACAUCUUCUGCAUCCCUCUUCAACACACCUUGGGAUACUGGACUCUCGGCAUUUUCCAGCCAGACAAGCAUUUUCUUCUCCACUACGAUCCUUCCGAAUAUGAUCCUCUCUUGGAAGAUGUCGUCAACUGCGUGGCCAAGUGGUCUUUGUCCGCUGUAGUGAAAAGCCAGCCCUGCCCUCACUCGCCCGAUCCUCUCAGCACAGGUCUUUAUGUCGCUGCCUUCAUGCAGUCCUUCAUCCGACAGAAAGAUAUUCCCCAGGUCGUCGAUGAGACUAUUGAGCGCAGACAGCUUUCCGACCUUUUAUCGACCGACCAGUCUUUACGGCGAGAAGAGGCAUCAGAGUCAAACAUCACACAAGCGUGUCUUUCGCCAUCCACUGCAGAACUCUCUACGCCAAGUACUCGGAGAAGGCGCCGCAGUACCAGCCAUGAGGAGAUGGGAGUCAAACGAGCCAAGAUCUCGGAAUCUGACCGGCAUCCUAACCGCAUCUUCACCACGUCUGAGGCGGUGGCUACCUCGUCCAGCUUGAUGGAUCUGCUGUCAUCGCACAGUCCCAGUCAGGACUUUACGCCCAUGGGCAAGUACAAGACGCAAGUCAUCAAGACAGCCCGUUUUUUCCUACAAGAGCUCUCUCGACUCGAGACAGCAGAGAACUAUGAGAAUAGUCUCAAAAGACGGAUCAACCCGGAAUCUAAAGCAUCUUCAGAGGACAGCUCGGAGUAUUCUGCUGAACUCUGCGGGCUUCUGUUAGAGCGACAAGCUUUGGAGAACGAAUGCAACCGGCGGAGGGGGGCGAUGGCCAAAGUGUUUAAGAAGCUGGAUACAAAGUCUCACCAGAUCGACGCCAAUCAGCAGCGACUCGCUCCCUCCUGUUUCGACCUUUGA